AUAAUACUGAUAAAGAGACAAACAAAACAAAAUCCCUCACUAAACUAAUGGUAGGGUCUUUGGAUUUAAUCAAAUGCUAAAAUGGACAGUUUAUUAAAAAAACAGAGGGUUUUUGUAAUUUUAAGUUUUAAUGGUAAAAUUAUUUAUGGGUCCCUGUCCAUUUAUUACACUGUAUUCUUCUUGUUAAUGAGUUUGUUCUUUGUACUAAACUACUCCACUUCUGUUCACUGUUUUGCCUGUGAGAAAAAAUAUACAUGGGUGGCUGGUUUUACUCAGCAAAGUUGCAGUCUUUAUGGUGAGUGUGCCUACAUUGUUCAUCAAAGUUAAGAUCUUGCUUCCAUUUUAUCUCUUCAUAUCCAUGGGGGACCAGUUUGUUUUUAUAGCUAUUUAAUGAUUUGGUUCAUUUUGCGUGGUUGAUGAAAAGUUUCUCUCUUUCAAGCUCUAUUUUUCUCAUAUUUUGAAGCUCAAUCAGUAUAAAGGUCAGCCUUUUUGUUGCUGUGAAGGGUUUAUUUUUCACUAGUACUGAAGUUGGUAUUUUUUUAGUAUUCUGUCUUGUUAUAUUCUAUGUAUGUUUGAGAUUGACUUGGAUUUUAGGUAUAAAAAGAAGUAACUUUUGUUUAGUGUUCAUUUUGGGUUGUUUGGAGUCAUUGAUAGGGUUAAGAUGAAGCUUUUUAGGGUUUUAGUGUUAUCCUUGUACUUAUUUUCUGCUAUGGGCCAGCUCCCUUCACAAGAUAUUUUAGCAUUGCUUGAAUUCAAGAAGGGUAUCAAGCAUGACCCUACGGGUUAUGUGCUUCAAUCAUGGAAUGAGGAGUCUAUUGAUUUCGAUGGCUGCCCGUCUUCUUGGAAUGGUAUUGUGUGUAAUGGUGGAAAUGUUGCUGCUGUUGUUUUGGAUAACUUGGGGCUUUCAGCUGAGGCUGAUUUGAGUAUGUUUGCUAAUCUUACGAAGCUUGUUAAGCUGUCCAUGUCGGACAACUUUUUGACGGGCAAGCUUCCGGACAAUAUAGCCGACUUCAGAAGCCUAGAGUUCUUGGAUGUGUCUAACAAUCUGUUUUCAUCGGCUUUACCGACUGGGUUUGGUAAAUUAGGGAGCUUAAAGAACUUGUCGUUGGCUGGUAAUAACUUUUCUGGCUCAAUUCCAGAUUCUAUUUCUGGACUUGUAUCGGUCCAGUCUUUGGACUUGAGUCGCAACUCCUUUUCUGGGUUACUGCCAACUUCAAUGACUAGGCUAAAUAAUCUGGUAUACAUGAAUGUUUCUUUCAAUGGGUUCAGUAAGAGAAUUCCAAAGGGUUUUGAGCUCAUUUCGGGUCUACAAGUGCUCGACUUGCAUGGAAAUAUGUUUGAUGGGCAUCUAGAUGGGGAGUUUUUUCUUCUUACUAAUGUCAGUUAUGUUGAUUUGAGUUUCAAUAUGCUGGUCAGCUCUAGUCCAGAGAAAUUACUGCCGGGUAUUUCUGAAAGCAUUAAGCACUUGAAUCUCAGCCACAACCAGCUUACUGGAUCAUUGGUGAGCGACGUGCGCUUAUUUGCAAGCUUGAAGGUUUUGGACUUGAGCUACAAUCAGCUGUCUGGAGACUUGCCUGGAUUUGAUUUUGCUUAUGAUCUUCAGGUCCUGAGGCUCAGCAAUAACAGGUUUUCAGGGUCUGUUCCCAAUGAUUUACUGAAAGGAGAUUCAUCACUUUUAACUGAAUUGGAUUUGAGUGCCAACAAUCUCUCAGGACCAAUAAGUAUGAUAAUGUCAACAACUUUACGCGUCCUUGUUCUCUCAUCGAACGGGCUUACAGGUGAACUUCCUUUGGUAACAGGAAGCUGUGCUGUGCUUGAUCUAUCGAACAACAAAUUUCAAGGAAAUCUAACCAAGAUAGCUAAGUGGGGGAAUCUUGAGUAUCUUGAUCUUAGCCAGAAUCUUUUAAAAGGACCAUUUCCAGAAAUGCUCCCGCAAUUUUUGCGUAUAAAUUAUCUUAACCUCUCUCAUAACUCUUUUACUAAUUCUCUUCCAAAAGCUGUUGCUCAAUAUCCAAAGCUUCAAGUCCUAGAUCUCAGUUCCAAUCAGUUGGAUGGACCUCUUUUGUCUGAUUUCCUUACCUUUCCAACUUUGCAAGUACUUCACCUUGGAAAUAAUUUACUCAAUGGUGCUAUUGAAUUCUCUCCUCCUUCUAAUGGUGAUUCCAAUCUUCAAGUUAUUGAUCUUUCUCAUAACCAAUUUGAUGGGUAUUUUCCUGAUCGAUUCGGUUCGCUGGCUGGACUUCAAGUGCUCAAUCUUGCAGGGAAUAAUUUAUCUGGUUCUCUGCCAUCUUCCAUGGCAGGAAUGACCUCAUUGAGCUCCUUAAUUUUGUCCCAAAACCAUUUCUCAGGUCCCAUGCCAAACAAUUUGACCAACAGCCUUUCAAGCUUUAAUGUGUCGUACAAUGAUCUUUCAGGGGUUGUCCCGGAAAACCUGAGGAAAUUCCCUCGUUCUUCUUUCUAUCCUGGAAAUACAAGAUUAAGUCUUCCUAGCGCUCCUUCUGGGUCAAGCAGUUCACCGGGUGAAAGUUCUAGGAGGAAACCAAUCAAUACUAUUGUCAAAGUGGUGAUAAUAGUCUCAUGUGUGAUUGCAGCUAUCCUUCUUCUAAUGCUCGCUAUCUUUGUACUCUACAUCCGUAUAUCAAGGAGAUCUCGACAAGAGCCUAUAACAGGUAAAGCCAUCCAUAGGCACACUGCAGCUAACCCUUCUGGUAUAAGUGGAACAGGCAGUGGCAGUGCCUUAGUUGUUUCAGCAGAGGAUCUUGUGACAUCACGAAAAGGAUCAUCAUCUGAGAUUAUAAGUCCUGAUGAAAAAAUGGCUGCUGUAACUGGAUUUUCUCCAUCAAAGCACAGUCAUAUGUCCUGGUCACCAGAAUCUGGGGAAUCAUUGACUGCUGAUACGCUUGCAAGGUUGGACGUAAGGUCACCAGAUAGAUUGGUUGGUGAGCUUUAUUUUCUUGAUGAUACAAUCACAUUGACUCCGGAAGAGCUCUCGAGGGCACCAGCUGAAGUCCUGGGGAGGAGUAGUCAUGGGACGUCAUAUAGGGCCUCACUGGAUAAUGGAAUGUUCUUAACUGUGAAGUGGCUGAGAGAAGGGAUAGCAAAACAGAAGAAAGAAUUUGCUAAGGAGGCUAAAAAGUUUGCAAAUAUCAGACAUCCAAAUGUCGUUGGCUUGAGAGGAUACUAUUGGGGACCCACACAGCAUGAGAAGCUUAUCUUGUCAGAUUACAUUUCGCCGGGAAGUCUUGCAAGCUUUCUUUACGAUCGACCAGGAAGGAAAGGUCCUCCAUUAACCUGGGCACAGAGACUAAAAGUAGCUGUUGACGUUGCACGUGGCCUGAACUAUCUCCAUUUUGAUCGCGCUGUUCCACAUGGGAACCUUAAAGCAGCUAACAUAUUACUAGAUGGGGCUGAUCUCAAUGCACGCGUUGCUGAUUACUGCCUCCAUCGGCUAAUGACUCAAGCAGGAACCAUUGAACAAAUACUCGAUGCUGGUGUCUUAGGAUAUCGCGCACCAGAAUUGGCUGCUUCGAAAAAACCACUUCCCUCCUUUAAGUCAGAUGUUUACGCCUUCGGAGUUAUAUUACUAGAGCUUUUAACUGGCAGGUGCGCUGGUGAUGUCAUUUCCGGGGAAGGAGGAGGAGUUGACUUAACAGAUUGGGUGCGGCUAAGGGUGACAGAGGGUCGAGGCGCAGAUUGCUUUGAUCCUGCACUGGUACCGGAAAUGGGGGCUCCGGCAGUUGAAAAGGGAACGAAAGAGGUACUUGGACUAGCUCUAAGAUGCAUAAGAUCUGUGUCUGAGAGGCCAGGUAUCAAAACCAUAUAUGAAGAUCUUUCAUCUAUUUAGGUUGUAGCAGAAUCUAGUUUGGUUGAACUCGGAAGUUUUUGGUUUUGUUUUUUGGGGUUUAAUAUCUUAUUAGGCCUGUUUUUUGGAUCUUUAAAUUCAGCAGUUUAGGGUGGUUAGUUCAUUGUAUCAGCUAUUGAUGUAAAGAAGAAAAUGAACACAUUUUGAAUGGAUACAACAUUCUUCAGAUGUCA